GAUGUUGUUGUGAGCCCGGGAGACACGUGAGGUUCUGCUACGUCAUCACCAGGCACGCGCGGGCGAACAUGGCGGCGGCGGGCGUUGUGAGCGGGAAGAUCGUAUAUGAACAAGAAGGGGUAUAUAUUCACUCAUCUUGCGGAAAGGCCAGUGACCAAGACAGCUUAAUUUCAGGAAUAUUACGUGUUUUAGAAAAGGAUGCUGAAGUAAUAGUGGACUGGAGACCAUUGGAUGACGCAUUAGAUUCUUCUAGUAUUCUGUGUGCUGGAAAGGACUCCAGUUCAGUUGUAGAGUGGACCCAGGCCCCAAAGGAAAGAGCUCCUCGAGGAUCGGAACACCAGAGCAGCUAUGAAGCAGAGUGGGACAUGGUUAACGCAGUGUCGUUUAAAAAGAAAGCACACACCAAUGGAGAUGCUCCAGGCCAUAGAAAUGGGAAAAGCAAAUGGUCAUUCCUGUUCAGUUUGGCAGACCUGACGUCAAUCAAGCAAAGCAGAGAGGGCAUGGGCUGGUCGUACUUGGUGUUCUGUCUCAAGGAUGACGUCGCCCUCCCCGCUCUGCACUUUCACCAGGGAGACAGCAGACUACUAAUUGAGUCCCUGGAAAAAUAUGUGGGCUUGUGUGCGUCAUCACAAGAUAAUAGAAUACUUCUUGUCAAUUGUCAGAAUAAGAGUCUUUCACAGUCUUUUGAAAAUCUUCUUGAUGAACCAGCAUAUGGCUUAAUACAAAAAAUUAAAAAGGAUCCUUAUACAGCAACUAUGGUAGGAUUUUCCAAAGUUACAAACUACAUUUUUGAUAGUUUGAGAGGAAGCGAUCCCUCUACACAUCAACGACCACCUUCAGAAAUGGCAGAUUUUCUAAGUGAUGCUAUUCCAGGUCUAAAGAUAAAUCAGCAAGAAGAACCGGGAUUUGAAGUCAUCACAAGAAUUGAUUUGGGAGAGCGACCUGUCGUUCAAAGGAGAGAGCCUGUGUCUCUGGAAGAAUGGACCAAGAGCCUUGACUCUGAAGGAAGACUCUUAAAUGUGGAGAGCAUGAAGCAGAUGAUAUUCAGAGGGGGUCUUAGUCAUUCAUUAAGAAAGCAAGCAUGGAAAUUUCUUCUGGGUUAUUUUCCUUGGGAUAGUACCAAAGAGGAAAGAACUCAAUUACAAAAACAAAAAACUGAUGAGUACUUCAGGAUGAAGCUGCAGUGGAAGUCUGUCAGUGAGGAGCAAGAGAAGAGAAACUCAAGGUUGAGAGAUUAUAGAAGUCUGAUUGAAAAAGAUGUCAACAGAACGGAUCGAACAAACAAGUUUUAUGAAGGGCAAGAUAACCCAGGACUGAUUUUGCUUCAUGACAUUUUGAUGACCUACUGUAUGUAUGAUUUUGAUUUAGGAUAUAUACAAGGAAUGAGCGACUUACUUUCCCCUCUUUUAUAUGUGAUGGAGAAUGAAGUGGAUGCCUUUUGGUGCUUUGCCUCUUACAUGGACCAAAUGCAUCAAAAUUUUGAAGAACAAAUGCAAGGCAUGAAGACCCAGUUAAUCCAGCUGAGCACCUUACUGAGAUUAUUAGACAGUGGAUUUUGUAGCUAUUUAGAAUCCCAGGACUCUGGAUAUCUAUAUUUUUGCUUCAGAUGGCUUCUAAUCAGAUUUAAAAGGGAAUUUAGUUUUCUAGAUAUUCUCCGAUUAUGGGAGGUAAUGUGGACGGAACUGCCCUGUAAGAACUUCCAUCUUCUUCUGUGUUGUGCUAUCCUGGAAUCAGAAAAGCAGCAGAUAAUGGAAAGGCAUUAUGGCUUCAAUGAAAUACUUAAGCACAUCAAUGAAUUGUCCAUGAAAAUUGAUGUGGAAGAUAUACUAUGUAAAGCAGAAGCAAUUUCCCUACAGAUGGCACAAUGCAAGGAAUUGCCACAGGCAGUUUGUGAGAUCCUGGGGCUUCAGGACAGUGAAGUUACAACGCCAGAUUCAGACACCGGUGAAGAUGAAAAUGUUGGCACGCCUUGUCCUACAUCCGCACUUCCGAGUAACUCCUUGCCCAUCCUCGCUGCUGCCAGUAAAGCCAAAGAUGACAGCCCAGCACAGACAUUAUCCCCCCCAAUGCCUGCAGAUUAACACCUGCAUGAUCAUUUGUCGUGCAUUUUGUAAGAGAUACUUUGUUGCAAGUCCUUUUUAAGUCCAUGAAAGGUAGACAUUUACAGUCUUGGGAUUGAUCAUGCUUUAAGUUUUAUGGAAAGACAGUGUACUGAUGUUCUUGCAUUAAAGCUUUACAAAGUUUUAAACUAAUUAUUUUUGUAGUUACUUCUACCAAAUAGCCUUUCCUUUUCAAUAACAUUCCUUAGUAUUUUUAUAGCUAAGUGCAUUUUAUUUUGUUGCUGAUGAACUGGGAUUGGAUAAAUACUACAAGUGGAUGCUUUGGAAAUUACGCACUUUGAAAAGCAUUCACUGUUUACUCUUUAGUGGGCUUUGGACUUGAUAAAAUUAAAUGUUGAGCCUUUAUAAAGCAUUCUAAGCUGAGGAGAUUGUUACUCAGUGAUGAGAUUUAAAAAUGCAAACAAAUUUGAUUUUUCUAUUGUUUACAACAAUACUCAGCUUACAUAUUUAUGCUGGUUGAAUGUGAUUUAAAUUAGACAUUUUCACCAAUGUAGUUACUGUGUGGAUAAAGAACUACUUCAACCUUAGCAAGUGGAUUGGCAGUAUGUUUUUUACAAAGAAUUUUUCUUCACUUGUAUAUAGACUAUAUAUAAGUACUAUUUAUGAGUAUAAGAAAGCAUAGUCCUAUUUUCUUUAACUGAAUAAACUUGACAUUGAUUUAUAUAAGCUGAUUCAACAAAAUUAAUACAUGGCUUCAAUAUAAGAUUUUUUCAAAACUAUUUUCUUAACUGAACAUUUAUUUAAUGAGACGACAUUCAGCCCUAUCUAUACCUGAUAUAAUUUUAAAAUUAAUCACUGUAAUCUCACUUUACUAAUAAUGUUUAUUAUCUUUCCUAAUAAUGCAUUAAUUGGUUAAGCAGAUCUUUAAAUUUUUAUAAAGUAUUCUUUUCAGAAAGCUUAUGUCAAAAAUUUCCAGGCACUGUCAUGAGUCUCAAAGUAAUAUUUUUUGUAUAUGAAUGAAGCUGUUUUUACCAUGCAGUAUUGCAUGAUUUUAAGUUAUGUGGAAUUAACAUAACUGAUUCCGUUUUAAUUGUAAUUUGCUAAACUCUUGUACAUAUCAUUAAAAUCCAUUCAAAGCUGAA